ACAAGGAGGUGGAGCCCGAAGGCUGAGGGAUGGGAGGAGGUCGAGGAAGAGGAGGAGACAGCAAGGACAAAGAGAGUUUUGUUUUUUGGGAAUCUGAUGUCUUUGUGUGAAUUCUGCAAACGGCUUUUUAUCAUCCAUCUUUAACAAUGAAGGAUGCAAAACGAAAUUGAAUUUCACCCCCGACGGUAAGGAAAUUUUCAGAUGAAGUUACCAGGCAACCUGCGUGACCCUAUUCCGUUAUUUGAAUAAGCUGACAGCACCAUCUCCUUUACAUAAUGAUGACCUUUGGCUGCUCUAUCCUCUGUCUUCUGCAACUUCUCAGCAACAGAAUUUCAGCCCAGUGGACAAGAGACAGCAAGCUGGCUGCCACAGGCUCCUCUAUCCCAUUCCCCGGAACUGAUAAGAAAUUCAGCAAUUUGAACUGGGACUUCUCCGAUUCCAGCCGGAAUCUCCCCAUUACUGAAGUUUAUGGUGGAAAUAUCAUCAUAUAUGAAAAGUACAAGAAUCGAAUUAAAGUUGACAGAUCAGAUGGAUCCUUUCAAUUAAAAGAUGUUGCUAAAGCAGACAGUGGCCACUAUAAAAUGACGGUGGACUUAGACCCACAGAGGACCAGAAUUCUAACUCUUAAAGUCAUUGAUCCUCUCUCUACACCAUCCAUCUCCUGUGAAAACCACCCUGAGAACUACACGGCUGUGCUGAACUGCACGGUGCAGAGAGGGAGAGCGACUUCCAUUGUGUGGAGCAGAGAAGGAGUUGUCCUCCCAGUUUGCCCACGGCAGUCCCUGUCUGAUGGGAAUGUAACGUUUACCAUUUGGAGAGCAGAGAAAUCAGACUCUGGCUAUUACACGUGCAGCGUGGAAAACCAAGUCAGCCGAACCAACAGCACCUACCAGCUGGUCAUCGAGGAUCAUGAACCCAAUCCCAGAUCUCGGAUUGGAUUGUACCUGACCAUUGGCCUCAUGAUCAUAGUGCUUCUCGUGUUUAUCUCUCUGUUGGUACAUGCUUGGACUGCCUUCUUGAAUGAAUGAAGCCCCUCUACUCACUGGGACAAGAGGAACAGGUACAUUGGAACAUCACCAUCUCUCUGUUCCACUCCAGUUCACGAUGUCCCAAUGUUGGUCCACGUCGAUAUACCUUCAGCACAGCGGCCCUGGAACUAUCUGGCAAGCUACACCGCGGAAACAGCUUCACCCUACCUAAUGCAGCAGUUCAAGAUAUGGCAGAUAUUUAAACAACCUUUUCAUUGCAUUCUGCGGGAAAAUUAGCCCAGCUAGAAACGGGGGAUCCUGAGAGAAGGUGGACCAUUUUUAGAAGGGAUGUUACAA